GGACUGUCGGUUACAGAUCUGCCAGAUAACUUUCUGAUUUUUACCAGCGAAAUGUAAUUUAAUAUUAUACCUGUUCAGGUUAGAAUGAAAUUUGCAUGCACGAUUUAUAUUUUGAUUGUCGUUUUUGCGGAAAAUAAGGAAAAAUUUCUGGUACGAUGUAUCGCACACUUCGAGGAAUCGGAACUUGUACAUUUAUCAGAGAAUUUGAAUCGUUUGGAAUGUUUACAACUGGUGAAAGCUAUGUAUGAUUUAACGCCAGCGAAUAUAGAAGAUGAAAGGAGCAACUAUGAGGUGUUAUACCAAGGAUCUAAUCAUUUAUCGACCAAGUCGAAGGAAUGUCUUGCCGAACUUGAACACUGGAAUAAUAAUUUUCCAACAAAUACGAAACCCAAUGGACGUUCUGCGAUGGAAAUGACGCUAAGGUGGUUGGGACGGCCUGAUUUAGCGAAAUACGUGAGAGAAAAUCAUAGAACGGUUAAUUACAUGGAUACAGAGAAUUACGAUAAGGCCGACACGUUAGAAUUUCCAGGACACAGGGUAUCGAGGAGGCACACCCCUAAAAAGGACAAACAUUCUUCGAAAACCGGAAAGAAGAAAAAGAAAACCAAGAAACGAGGUCAUCGUGAACACCCUCAGAAUUCUGGAAAAAAAGAUAAGGGGCCUCAGAAAGCAGUCGCUGCCACAGCAGGACACGCUACCGCCCACCGAAGUCGCGAAUUAAACAAGACAGACAAUCAGUCACAGAACGAGAAAGAUUACGUUGAACAGCACCGAUCGAUAUGUUGUUCAAUUCUGUGCGUUCUGUUUUUUCUAAUCCUUUGUCUAGUCGCCGUCUACUUCCUUCAUAGGCGAAAUCGUUUGAAGGCACGUGGUACGAGAUUCAAAUACGACAAUUCUGUGAAAAAAGAAAAUAAAGAUACUCUUACCGAUCGUUUGGAGUGGAACGACGAAACGGUAUGUUCGUGCUCGGACGUCGAGGACGGUUAUACGGGAAAAUGUAUGAUGUGUGGUGGAAAUUAUCAAACAUACCACACGAUUCCUCGUCGAAAUGAUUCUCAUGAUUCUAUGAAAGAUUCAAAAUCAAUGCCCGUACAAAAGAUACGAAAGAAGAGGAAGAGGCAACGAUUUAGUUUUCUUCCGAGAAAUUUUCACGAUAGGAAAAGGGGAAAAGAUCAGGAAGAUCGGGAUAGGAAGAAAACUUUGGAGAAAUCUCUUAUGAAGAAACGCGAAAAGGUUUCGAGUACUUGUUACGGAGACUACGAACAGUGUUUAUGUUGCAAAUGUAAUUUAAGUUACACGGAAAGGAUGCUCCGCGAGAAACUGGAGGAAAGAAGAGAAUUACAUAAAUUAAGAGCAAAGAAAAGAAAGGAAGAGAAAAGGAGAAAAAGAGAAAUGCAAAAAGCAGAAAGGCAUGCAAAUCCUCUAUUUUCCCUAGGAAAAAAAUUGGCCGCAGUGAAAAGUGUUCCAGAAUGAGUUGUUAUCGCCAUUGCUUUCACCGUUAUCAUUUGAAAAUUGGUAGGAAUACAAUUUGUUCCUUAGAAUUUUAGAAUUGCUGCAAU